CCAACAGUGGUAAAAUCGAUAACUUUACCCAAAAUUCCAAGCCGGUUGUUGGUUUCUGAAUCAUCGCAUGUAGACAGUGUCAGCACAUAACACAUUGAGGAUAGGCAAUCUUCCAGCUAACAUGUCUGGCGAUGCCAAGAAAGACCUGAUAGCGGAAGCUCGGAGCUUCUCCGCGAGUCUCUCCAACGUCUUCCUCAUGAAGAAGCGAGAUCAGCAGACGAGACACCUCCUGGAGAAGGCUCAGAAUCUUUUGGAGGGUCUCUUGGCGGAGAAUCAGCGCCUGUCGUCCAACACGGGCACCCCACGACAGACACGUGGCGGAGGCAUGGGUCAGCUGUGGGUCAAGCUGGAUGAGAUGAAGAGAGAGAAUGAAGAUCUCCGGAGACAGCUCGGUCGCCAUGACGACAGGUCCACGCCCACCAAAAAUAUGAGUCACGGUCCUGGUGACGUCAUCAUUGCCGACCUUCAGAAGACCAAGACUGAGAACGAGGCUCUGCGGAAUCAGGUAGAGAGUCUUCAGAAGACUGUAAAGGAACUCCAGAACAUCACAGCCACAGUGCAGGACGAGUACAAGCGGGCGAAGAUCGGCCUGGAGGCUGCACAGAAGUCCAUGGAGAAGGCCCGCCAUGAUUACCGUAGUCUGGAGGCUAAUCUGACAUCUGCCAAGACGGAGAACGACUCCCUCAAACAGAAGUUGACGAGCAGCGUGAAGCCCAUGGUAAGGGCAGAUAACCGCCUUACUGAGAACAUCAACGAGCGGUGUCGACCCAGUGUGAUCGCCAUGAGAUAUAAUACCCUAGAGAGUCAGGAGUGGAUGGAUGCUAAGGAUUCACUGGAGGACAGCUCUGACAUGGACGAAGAGGAGAUAACUCGUUUCUUAUGUGCUUCCAUAAUGCAAACGUACGAGGCUUCCCGUGACGUAUACCAGUGCCUGGAACUCGCCAUUGGAGAACUGCUGAGGAGACCAGCACUGGCGGUGAGUAUCGCACAGGGCGGCAUGAGCGCCGAACCCACGCCGCUUCCGGACGAGAUGACCGACGCCAUCCGAAGCCGACUCCGACAGAACUGCGACAACAUCGACUCUGGAGAGCUCAUCAAGAUCACCAAACACACCUUGGAGAGAGAGUUCAAAGACGUGAAAGUCCUUAUCAGCAACAAAGCCGUGAACCGCUACCUGCACGAGAGCGCGAGACUCGCCUGGCAGAUGGCAAUACAACAACCGCCAAUGAAAAUGUCCGUGACGGACAGACGUUAUAACGACGAGCGUCAUAAGCUGUGGUGGUCAUGUGACCAAGCACGUGCAUCAUCUGUCCAUCACUUUAUCUGGCCAGUGCUCUUUGAUUACGAUGGCGGCAAUCUCAUGGUUAAAGGGUGCGUUUUUGCUAGCUGACUCUAUUCCCAUUUAUAUCGUGAAGUUUGUGACAAUGUUUUAUAUUUAUAUUUAUCUAUGCAUUUAUAAAUGAACAAUUCCCGAUUCACCAAGACAAUCCAAACUGUUCGAGGUGCGCCAUCAUGACUGUGCUUUGCCCUAAGGUUAAAAAGGGAUGAUUUCACGAGUGCUAACUAAUGUCCCGUAAACAGAAUGAUUUCGGGUGAUAACCAUCAUUGUUGUGACAGUAUUAUUUCUUAUUCCUGUAUAAAUUCAGACCAUCGUUAUGCGUGUAGUACUUUGACUAGUUCCUUAAUGUGGGUAGCACCUGUGUCCGUAUCCCUGGUAUAUAGAGAUUUAUACAACUGGUGAAUAAAUAAGCACAAUGCAUUCUUCAUUUUCUUAUAUACCUAACCUCAGUGCACCUAUGGUAUAAAUCUGCACAUGGCAUUCAUCUCGUGUUGAUAAAUGAUUAAGGUAACACUAGUACUUGUUGAAACGUUAGUAGCAAACAUGUUUUACCGGUUAAUGUCAGUGCUCUAUUGGUCACGUGGUCAAUCACAUGACACAAAUAUGCAGGAGAAAGCAAAUAAAUGGGUAUUAAACAGUGCAUCUGUGGUAACAGUAAAAAAAAAUGUCAUUAGAUAAUUAUGUGUUCUGUACUUCUGGGUUUUUUUCUGUGCCACUUUGUGACUCUUUCUGAAUGUUUUCUGAAAUUUAAGUAUUUGGGUAAAUGUCAGUGGCGUACUUAAUUAUUUUCCAGGAGCAUAUGGGACGAAUGAUGUAUUCAGAUCAAGGCAAAAGAAGCUUUAAACAAGCACGCGCACACACACGCAAACACACACACGUAAACUGCCAAAGUGGGUACAUAGUUAUGACCCUUUCCUAGUCUAGAUAUGUGUGUAAUAGCUGCUUAUAUGUUAAAGACAGCACUCUUUUGAUAAUUUCCAUCGAUGUAGAUUUGCACCAUAUGAAACAUUUAUUUUUACAUGAAGUGUGCUGUUUAAAUUCUUUUUCGUACUUUUAUAAUAAGUUCUUGUCUUCCUAAUAGCAAUACAUGCGUAAGUUAAGUGUAUGCCAUACCAAAGUACGUCUUCGUGAUACACUUACGCAAAUAAGAUGCGGUACCAGUCUACUGCCCGAGGCUGAAUAAGCCGGGUGAACUGGAGUAAAAAGACAGCGGCAAAAAUAAGAAACAGAAAGGGCUUCGAGUAUGUAAAGAGUCAGCAAAAUCAAAAUGUCAAUCAAAACAGAUUGUCACGCAACUCGUACCCUACGCUUGUAAAUAUUUCCGCUGAUUUACGAAGUCGAAUUUACAAGUUACCUUGCUGAAUGAUAACUACCUUUGUAUAUACAGGUAAAUGUAAAUCUGUGUGGUAAUGUGAUAUCUGGGCAUUGUCGUAUUGUUUUCUGUGAUUAUUAAGGUGGGAGGUUCAGAGAUAGUUUCAGUCUUUUGUAGUUUUGAUCUCAGUAAUUUAAAAAUCUGCUAUAAACAAAUAAAUUUGGCAUUCUGUGAGCAGAACUCUGCUGAAUUAGUAGUCAACAAAUUGUCGUAUUUCUUCAAAGUACAGCCAAAGAUCUACGGUGACAGCAUCCCUCCAUCCCUCAAUUCAACUUUCGUCCCUUCUCCAACUGACAUGCAUCUUCCCUUCCCUUCUCAGCUAACAUGCUGUACAACGCGGCGUCUAAUGCAAUACACUAUCCAGCUGGUCUUGAAACUUAGAAACAAAUUGGUUUGUCCAAGCAAUGAAUUGCCUUUGACCUUGAGACAAAUUUCUUGCAAGUCAACUGAUUAUCCCAAUAGGAAGAUUUCUCCGUUCAUUCAGAGAGUGUGUGAGUAUUACAUAAAUUCCAUGGUUCAUAUUAAACCAUGAGGUUCGAAACAUUUAUCGCUGAUCCCGAAUCAAAAUAAACAGACCUGGGUCAGUUCGAACUACGUGCUACUUGCCAAAUGCACUUAAAAUAUGUUUGAAAAUCGUCAAACUGAUAAUCGUUAGAUGUAUGCGCGAGACUGAGAUGUGAGAAGCACAUGCAGAGUUGGUGAAAUCCACUAAAUCGUGAUUUGUUUAGAAUUUACCUUUUUUGUUAAACAAUACCGAUGUUGUACAUGCCUUCACUGUUGAUGCAAGUAUAGUGAGAGUUGUUUCCCUUGCACUGCCAAUGCUGCGUUAAGUAGUUUCACCUGAUUGUGUUCAGUUAUGAAUUAUUUGUUUAUUGCAAUUGUUGAAUAUUUUCUGAGUAUGUGCUGAAAUAAACACGUUUUUCUAUACACAAA